UUAAAAUGUUAUUAAAUCGAUUUAUUUCUCGUCAAUUAUUAAAUCCAUCUUCAUUCUCCCAAACAAGCAAGUUUUUUCUUUCUUCUUCAAAUGUCUGCAGUAAAGAAGUUAAAGGGGACCCUGGAAUUUCAUAUCCAGACCCUGAAGCAGGACCUAAAACAGUUGAAGAGAAAAUGGGGUUUCCUAUGAAGCCGGCUUCGAGUUGGGGGGAAUAUGCAGUUAUGCGUAUGGAUGAUUUAAUGAAUUUGUGUCAAAAGAAUUCUUUAUGGCCUCUUACUUUUGGAUUAGCUUGUUGUGCUGUUGAAAUGAUGCAUUUUGCUGCUCCUCGUUAUGAUAUGGAUCGUUAUGGAGUUGUCUUUCGUGCUUCUCCAAGACAAGUUAAUUUAAUAAUUGUUUCUGGCACUGUUACAAAUAAAAUGGCCCCCGCUUUGCGCAAAAUUUUUGAUCAAAUGCCCGACCCAAAAUUUGUAAUUAGCAUGGGAUCUUGUGCAAAUGGUGGUGGUUAUUAUCAUUAUGCAUAUUCUGUACUUAGAGGCUGUGACAGAGUUAUUCCUGUUGAUAUUUAUGUUCCUGGAUGCCCGCCAUCAGCAGAAGCUCUUCUUUAUGGUGUUUUACAAUUACAAAAGAAAAUGAAAAGAAUGAAAAGGGUUCAGUUAUGGUAUAGAAAAUAG